CGGCUCCGCGUCAGUCCAUGCGGUUGCUUUGCGGAGUGUGGUUUGUGUCAGAAGAAGAGUAAACAUUGACACCGUCUUAAAUCUGACCUUUGACAAACUCUCGUCUUUCGUUGACUUGCGACAAUCGCGCUUCGCAAUUUGCGACGCAAAAUCGAAACGGAAUCCGCGGCAUCUUUUCUGACUUCUCGCGAAGAAGUCGAGAAACGUUCUAACGUUCGUUCGAAUCGAAGGAUCUCCGUCAGGAUCUCGCGGCCCGGACUAUGCCAGCGGAUGCCGAACUCAGCAGCCUGCUCAGCAGGCGACAGAGGAUCAACGACGAGCUUGAGGAGGGCAAGGAGGUGAAGAAGCAGUACAAGUUCGUGAACGUGUACACGGAAUUCCACGAGCUGUCGCGCCGCGAGAUCAAGCAGUACGAGCAGACCUUCAACAGAUUUGACGACGGACGCGACGGAUAUCUCGAUCUCUCCGAGCUGAAGCGAAUGAUGGAAGUUCUGGGCGCACCGCAAACGCAUCUCGGACUCAAGGCGAUGAUCCAAGAAGUCGACGAAGACGGCGACGGUCGUAUAUCUUUCCGCGAGUUUCUGCUUAUCUAUCGUAAGGCCCGCGCUGGUGAGUUAGAACAGGAUUCUGGAUUGAGUCAGCUGGCCAGACUCACUGAGGUCGACGUAGACGAAGUUGGUGUCACGGGAGCUAAACAUUUCUUCGAGGCCAAGAUUGAGCAGCUCCGAAAGGCGUCCAAGUUCGAGGAUGAGAUUCGCAUGGAGCAAGAAGAGCGAAAACGGGAAGAAGAGGAAAAAGCGGCGAGACGGGAGCAAUUCCGGCAGAAAGCUGCGAUCUUUGGCAAAUAAUUACGACGGACAAAUAUUGCGUGAGAGAAGGAGAGGAGAAGUCGCGACCCGACGGCUUCUCGUAGUUUAGAACGCGAAGACGGAUCCGUCUCGAAUUGUUUGUAUGGUUUGUCCCGUCGUCGAAGCCGUUUCGCGAUAUAUCGACAGACGUCAGCAACAAAACGAGCUUGCUCCAUAAAGCAUUUAAGUGCGCUCCGAAGCGACGCGAAAUCACCGACCGGCGAUUGUCGUAGGAAUUCGAAGCAAGGAUUGAGACGAAAUAUUACUUCAAUGAGUUCGAUUUCCUGUGCCGUCAGCAUCGCGAAAAACGAUUUCACGCCGAUCGUUCCUACAUUCUCGUAAAUAAACGAAUCCUUUUUCGCGUGUCGAAUGGAAUACAUGAGCUCGGCGAAAUUUUAAUGUUUUCGAUCUUUAAUUCUAUGAGAUCGCGUGGCAGUUUUGCAGCGAUUUUUUUUUUUUUUAUUUCUACCGUGACAAACAAAUCGUGGCGAAAUUGCGUUCUCGGAGCGACGAACGAAUUUCAGGAAGUAAUAUAACA